GUUGAGAAGGCCAAAUAGCGAGUGUCUGUGCACUUCACUGAGAUGUCGGCGGCAUUACGUGUGGUCUACACUGCUUCAAGGCCAGGGUCGUUUCUGGCCUGUCAGAAUCUCAUACGUCCUUUCAGCCUGUCGGCGCACAGAGCAGGGAUUAAGUAUGUCAAUAAUCAGGAGGAAGCCACAGACUGGAAGUCCAUUACGGACCGUGCAGCUCAGACUCUUCUGUUGACAGAGCUGAUCAGAGGUAUGGGAAUGGCCGUUAGCUACCUUUUCCGUGAACCAGCCACAAUCAACUACCCAUUCGAGAAGGGUCCACUGUCGCCCCGUUUCCGUGGUGAACACGCGCUGCGCAGAUACCCAUCAGGAGAGGAGCGCUGCAUCGCAUGUAAACUCUGUGAGGCCAUUUGCCCAGCCCAGGCUAUCACUAUUGAGGCUGAACCGCGUGCUGACGGCAGCAGGAGAACAACACGCUAUGACAUAGACAUGACCAAAUGCAUCUACUGCGGCUUCUGUCAGGAGGCCUGUCCUGUGGACGCUAUUGUAGAGGGCCCCAACUUUGAGUUCUCCACAGAAACCCAUGAGGAACUGCUUUAUAAUAAAGAGAAACUCCUCAACAAUGGAGACAAGUGGGAGGCUGAGAUCGCUGCCAACAUCCAGGCUGACUUUCUCUACAGAUAAACAUGCUUCACGGACUGCCUCGUCUCAGCACAGUGACAAUAUAAGCAGCGUCAUGUUCUCUCACCAAUAAUCGCAGUGUUUCAGUGGCAUAAGGUAGAUUUACUUUUCAGGGACUUUUGAAGAUGCACAUUUUGGUUUAUUUCAAUGUGAGCAUACACUUAGAUGCUCAGUUCUGGUAUUAAAGGGAUAGCACACUUAAACAAUGAACAUUUUGUCAUCAUUUACUCAUCCUCCAAAGGUGUUUAAGUUUUUUUUAUUCUAUUGAACACAAAAUUAGAUCAUUUGAAUAUUGUUGGAAACUGGUAACCAUUGACUUCCAUUUGUUUUUCCUUCUAUUGAUGUUAAUGGUUGCCAGUUUCCAACAUUCUUUAAUCUCAUUUUGUUUUCAACAGAAAAAAAGAAUUAUAUAAAGCUUUGGAACCAACUAACGGUGAGUAAAUCUUCAUUUUUGGGUGAACUAUCCCUUUAAGCAGCCUUAAAGUAGAGCAUCACAUGGAGAUAUUUCUCUGUACAUCUGAAGUUGUGCAGCACAGCAUCAUCCUCACAUGGUAAAUGUGUAAUAAGUAAAAUCAAUGGCAAGAUAACCACUAGAAUGAUGCCCUACUUUAAGGCAAAUGUUACAUUCUCAUUUUAUGGCAGUCGAUCCAUCCUCCCCAUUUUUUUCUUCCUUCUUCAUUUCAUAUUUUGACCAUCCAGUUGAUUUAAAUGAAGAGUUGUAACAAACAAAAGCACUUCAAGUGUGUUGAGUUUAUCUCACAUUAUCUCCUUACUGGUAAAACAUUUUAUUUGUCCUUGUGAGAACUGUACAAAGACUAAAUAAUUGUGGACCGUAUAUAAUAAAUUAUCGCUCUGUC